UAUCGAUUUGAUUAAUAAUCUGGCACCGAUGCUCUACCAUCGCUUACUGGUUCCUCAAAUAAUAAGCCAAAGAAACGAGCGAUCCCAAUCGAAGCGGCUGGCCUCAUCCACAGAGAGAGACAGAGAGAGGGGUGAGCACGAGGAACCCUAAUCGGCGAAGAAAGGAACUUCUUCGUGGAGAUCUAGCAAGAUGUCAGCGGUGGAAUCUUCCCGUGAAGAAAAUGUCUACUUGGCCAAGCUGGCUGAGCAGACCGAGCGAUACGAGGAGAUGGUAGAGUUCAUGGAAAAGGUCGUGAAGACGUUGAUUGGGGAGGAGCUCACCGUGGAGGAGCGCAACCUCCUCUCAGUGGCUUAUAAGAAUGUGAUCGGAGCUCGCCGUGCCUCCUGGCGUAUUAUCUCCUCAAUUGAACAGAAGGAGGAGACCCGCGGGAACGAGGACCAUGUUUCCUUGAUCAAGGAGUACCGUGGCAAGGUCGAGGCAGAACUCAGUAAGAUCUGCGAUGGGAUCCUGAAGCUUCUUGAUUCCCACCUCGUUCCCUCUGCAUCCAGUGCAGAAUCCAAGGUGUUUUACCUUAAGAUGAAGGGUGACUACCACAGGUAUCUGGCAGAGUUCAAAACUGGAGCUGAGAGGAAAGAAGCAGCUGAGAACACUCUUUUGGCCUACAAAUCUGCACAGGAUAUUGCUUUAGCUGAUUUGGCUUCUACCCAUCCUAUAAGGCUUGGUUUGGCACUUAACUUCUCUGUCUUCUACUAUGAGAUUCUUAACUCACCAGACCGUGCUUGCAGCCUUGCGAAACAGGCUUUUGAUGAGGCUAUCUCUGAACUGGAUACCUUGGGAGAGGAAUCGUAUAAAGAUAGCACUUUGAUAAUGCAGCUUCUCCGAGACAACUUGACACUAUGGACAUCUGAUAUUACGGAGGAUGGAGCCGAUGAGAUCAAGGAAGCUACAAAGAAGGAAUCAGGAGAGGAGCAGCGAUCCAAUGAUUAAAUUAUGUAGUUUCUCAUGCUAAUAUAAGAUGUACCAUUAAGUAGAUGCCAUCAUCUUCUGCUUGUUGAUUGUCCUCGUCAUAAAGCAACCAAAUAUGCUCAAAGGAUUGGAUUUCUGUUUUUCUUUCAGUUUUUUUUUCCUGUGAUAUCUAUAUGCUGGUUGAAAAAUUCUAAUUAUUUUGAAUGGUUUUUUUAAAGAAAA